AGCACGCGUAUUCGCCAAUUAAUCAGCGCCAAUGAUCAAUCAGAUGGAGACGUGCCAAGACUUAAAAAUUCACGGGCAAACGCGUAACUGACAGUUUGGUGAAUAGAAUAGUUCGUACCAAGCACACUUCCACGUUUAGCGCAAAAAUGACGGUUUUAAAGGUUCUAAUAAUGUUAUGCAUUCGCGCGUUUGUUUUAGGAACUGGUGAAGAUUUGAAAACACAAGAACGUUUGUUUUUAAAUUCGCUGGGACUCUCCGAACGACCCACGCCGUCGGAGCACCGCCGGGUUCCCUCGGUGUUUUGGAGGAUGUUGAAGCGGAUGAGCACCCGAGAGAUGGAGGCCCGUGAAAACGACCCUUGCAUGGUGUUGGAGUAUGGAGUUCGCGGGAACAUAGUUCGAUUUGUGCAGGAUCAGGGGCGACUGCUGUCAGGCUGGAGUGGCAGCUGUCAUGGCUGUGUGGAGAAACAUCUUUUCUUCAACAUGUCUGUCCUGCAGCCCGUGGAGCAGCUCUCUCUUGCGCGUCUGGAAGUCCAGUUCCAGCUGGACGUGUUCCGCACCCCCAUGUUCUUCCUGGGCCCCCAGGCCCUCAGCGUCUCCGUUUACAAGGUUCUGCGAGUGACCUUGAGGGGCGCGAAUCACGAGGCCAACCGCCGACUGGUGCUGUCCAAGUCGGUGCAGCUGGAGCCACAGUCCGGCUCCCUCACUCUGGACCUCACAGCGCUGGCGGAGAGCUGGCGCAAACCGGGCCGUAACUACGGCUUGGUGCUGGAGGUGCAACCCCACCCCGCUGGCGCCCUCGCCAGGGACAGCUUUAUGGCUCACCACCCGGGGAGCGCGCUGGCGUUCGGGACGGCCGAAGCCUCCCCGGAGUUCCAGGCCUCCCUGGUGGCCGUGUCCCUGAACCCGUUGCAGUGCCGCACUCGACGGAAGAGGAGCGCCGUCUACCUCCCGGUGACCCCCAGCAACGUGUGUAAACCCCGCCGCCUCUACAUCGACUUCAGGGACGUGGGCUGGCAGGACUGGAUCAUCGCGCCGCAGGGCUACCUGGCCAACUACUGUCACGGAGAGUGUCCGUUCCCGCUGAGCGAGAGCCUGAACGGCACCAACCACGCCAUCCUGCAGACACUGGUCCACUCCCUGGACCCCCGAGGCACGCCCCAGCCCUGCUGCGUACCCAUCCGCCUGUCCCCGGUCUCAAUGCUCUACUACGACAACAACGAUAACGUGGUCCUGCGACACUACCAGGACAUGGUGGUGGAUGAGUGUGGAUGCAGGUGAGGUUGGGUGUGAACGGGCCAUUUACUUUAACUAGAUGUUCUUACAUUUUUAUCGCUCAUAAUAAAACCAAAUGUUCAUUGAGACUCCUGUGUGAGUUUGUUUCAUUUGUUUGUUCUGUGUGAAUUUUUGUCUUUGAAAUGUCCAGUUGAUUUGUGCUGUGGUCACGGAUGUUAUACUGCCAUCCUCUGGCCACUGAACACACAAAGCAAUUUCUGAGCUGAGUUGGACCCAGCUGUAAAACUUUGACAUGCAGCCAAUAAACGGACACAUUGCAGAGUUGCUAUAAAAUGUUUGGCCUUGCCGUGGAGGUGCUUUACAGCACAUUGCGCUGGGGGUUGUGCGUUUGUUUGUUUAAUC